GCUGUUUCCUAUCUCCCAAAAUCACCAAAGCGCUAACUACUUGUAUUCUUUCAAUACUUUUAGAUUGACUACAGCGCACCAUGCAUCUUCACGAGAGAAUUAAACAUGACCUUCUGACCAAAGGUCGUGGUGAAUACACCCUUACGGUCGACCAAUUUGAUUACGACUCCUUUGACCAGCUAUUCGAGGAAAUGAGGCCUCGCCAUUGCUACAAUUCUUUCACUCAAACUCUUGACGUCGAUAUGCCAUUGUGGAUACAUGGGCUUUGCAAUGAUUGGUUCAAAGCUUGGCUGACUCAAAUGGUGGUGGAAGGAUACGUCGCCCAAAGAUCGUUAUAUGCUUCCUCAGGGAUUACUUUGAGAGGGUUCACUGGCCGCUUUUACGGGAGGUAUGCCGCCUACAGUCUUCGUAUCAUAUCAGUAUGUACUAAGAUCUGUAGUGUAAAAGAGCCAGAUUGUUUCAUUACCUCACGCGGAAUAUGGCCUGGUGUUACGCUCGAAGUCGGAUACUCAGAGACGUAUAACAAACUACUACAAGAUGCAGAUAUCAUGCUAGAAGGCUCCCAGGGCAAAAUUCAUCUGGUAAUACUCGUGAAGCUAGUCCCGCCCGGGCCCAGUGAUACGCACUUUGAGUCUGGAUUUGUUGAGCUUCACGAGUAUAACCCUGCAUCCGGGACCAGAAGAAAGAGAGGCCAGAGAAGGACACUUUAUCCAAUUCCGAGAAGCCAUGCUCGGCAGCGUAUCACACUGCAAUGGGAUGAUAUCAUUCGAGACAAUACAGACCUCCUAUUACGCCCAGUAUCAAGUCCACCCCCCCCCUUGAUGCUUGAUGACUUGCGCAGAUGUGUGGAGUUUGGACUUGACCAAGAACUGAAGACUCGAGAGUAUUUAGAAGAGCUCUGAGUUAUUCCUUUUCGUGUUGUAUACUGUUAAUCAGCUUGAGCACUGGUAGUGGUCGUGGC